AUGGGUGCUCCAACAAAAGAGACGGCAGCAGAAAAUGCUGCAACAGACAAUUCGGAAACAAAUAAAGGCACCGAUAUGGUAACUUUAAAAACAAUAAAAAGCAACAAAACACUAAAACGAACCACAGUUCAUCGUAUAGCUCUCGGAGACAUCACGCCUAAUAACUUGGGUCAGUUAAAGAAAUUAAACACGGUUCUCUUCCCUGUUCAAUACAGCGAAAAAUUUUAUAAAGAUGUUUUGGAAGUUGGUGAAUUCGCUAGAUUUGCAUAUUUCAAUGAUUGUUGUGUCGGAGCGGUUUGUUGUCGUAAAGAACCAUUAAAGGAGGUAAAUCAAGGGAUACCUUCCGAUCAAGCAAAACUUUAUAUCAUGACGUUGGGAGUUUUAGCACCUUAUCGUAACCUUGGAAUAGGCACAAAAUUAUUAGAACAUAUCUUGCAACAUGCCACAUUACCUACACAACAACCAAAAUUUGUUGAAAUUUAUCUUCAUGUGCAAACAUCAAAUGAGGAAGCUUUAAAUUUUUAUAAGAAAUAUGAUUUUGAAAUUGUUGCGACAGUGGAAGGAUAUUACAAGAAAAUAUCACCUUCUGACGCGUAUGUUUUGAGCAGAAAACUAUAG